UCCAAAAAAAGCGACGUCUGGAGAUAUAUGACCAAAGCAUUGGAUGGAUCGAUCACCUGCAAUCUUUGUAAUGCUGCUAUAAAAAAUUCUGGCAACACAUCGAAUUAUCGUGCUCAUUUACAAACUCGUCAUCCUGAUGUAAAGUUAGAGACUAUGAAAGAUUCCAGUGCAGCUAAUCUCAACAAAUCAGCAUCAGCGCAAAAGCGUAAAAUUUUGUCGCCGGUGACGGAGAGCAACGAGAAUUCUAUGAAUACUGAAUUGAAUCAAGAAACAAAAGAAAAAUGUGAAUCUCAAAAAAGCACUGAAAAUGUACCUCUGAAACCUAAACAAUUAAAAGUUGAUAAUGUAUUUAGGAACCAAACAUCAUUCAAAAGUAUAUUUUACAUAAGAAUUAUAAAAUAGUUUUUCGGUACAAAACAUAAUAUUUGAUAUGCAUGCAAAAAUGGGUUAUCCUCUCUUCGGUUGGGCGACAAAUCUUAUACUAGUAAGGAAACAAUUUUUUCGCUCUUUCGCAUAAUUUGUAUGCAUAUUUUCAGAUGGAGUUAAGGCGAACGAAAUGCUGAAUAGAAUUCUAUUCAUGAUAGCUAAAGAUCAGAUGCCGUACAACUGCGUCGAGAAGAUAUGAUUACGCACAUUAUUAAAUUAUGCGGCACCGCUAUAUAAAAUACCAUGUCGUGUAACAAUAAUACAGAAAAUGGAAGAAAAAUAUGAAUGUCUUUCGAAGAUUGAAAAAAUGAUUUGUCAAAAGUCAAAUAUAUUGCUUUGACGACGGACGUCUGGUCAGACAUGUUAAAUAACAUCAGUUAUUUAGGGGUGACCUGCCAUUUUAUCAAAGACUAUAAACUACAGUCUAUAAAUAUAGGUGUAACGGAACAAAAACGAUAAUCACACGUCAGACAAUUUAAAGAACUGGUUACUGCAAAUUAUUAAAGAUUGGAACAUUGAUUUGAAGUCGGUUGUGGCUGUCGUAACCGACAAUGCAGCAAACAUUAAAAAGGCUGUGAAAGAUGCCUUCGGAGAAGAUCGAUGUCUCAAUUGUUUAGCUCAUACACUCAAUCUUGUUCCGUCGUCGAUACUUACCUCUGAUGAUAUUAAACCUAUAUUAGCCGAAGUGAAAGAAAUUGUUAUAUUUUUCAAACAGUCAAACAACGCAUCGGAUAAGUUACGUGAAGUUACCAAAGACCGCUUAAUCCUAAGUGUAGAGACCAGAUGGAACUCGGACUACGAGAUGCUCGAAAGGUUUAUUUCCUUAUUGGAUAAAGUAGCACCUAUCCUAAUACAAUUACCAAAAUCUCCUUCCAUGGUUACUGCAGAUGAGAUUGAAAUUCUAAAAGAGUUAACAAUUUUAUUGAAACCUUUCUACUCUGCAACAAAGAUCGUUUCUGGAGAAAAUUAUGUAACUGGCAGCGAAGCAAUACCAGUCAUAAAAAUAUUGGAGAAAGAAAUGGAAAGUAGCAGUAUAAAUACUGCAACAGCGAUUGCUUUUAAAUCUAAACUAAAAGAACAGUUUUUUCCUCGUUUUAAGAAGUUAUACUUCACAAAUAAAAUUGCGUGCGCUGAUGCAAUAAAUAAAAUAUCUAAAUUUCUACAUAAAGAUUUAAUUGAUGUAAAUUCAUCAAGUAAUGAAUGCGAAAGUAACCGAGCUCAAGAAUCUACUGAUGACUGUGAUGAUUUCUGGAGUUACCACGAAAAUUACCUAACGUCAAUCGAGCUCAGAUGGAACAGAAUCAAAAUAAAAAAGAGAUGCCGGAAGAGCUUAGAUACUAUUUACACGAACCACCUAUUUCCAAAAAUCAAGAUCCAUUAGAAUUCUGGAAAUUUCAUUCAAGCUCGCGUUUAGCUGAUUUAGCUAGUCGCUACUUAACAAUUAUUGCAACCUCGGUUCCGUCCUAGCGUUUGUUUUCAACGGCUGGCCUAAUAAUGUCUCGCAACAGAAGCCAAUUGACUUCGAAACAUUUCCAAGAAUUACUGUUUUUAAACUUAUUGCCAAUAAGUUAUUGGAAUUUAUAAAUUGUAAAACUUUUUGUUUAUGAUACAUUUUUCGUGUAAUAUUUAUUUUUGUAUUACUUAGGCUAAACUCUAAUAAAGUUUUUCAAUACUUUAAAAUCUUUGCCAUUUUUUUUAUUAAAUAGAACACAUAAGGUUAAAAAGUAUCGAUAUUUUUAACCCGAUAUUUUAAAGAUAUCGACAUUAUAUGUUGUGAUAAUAUCGAUAAACAAUUAUCGAUAUUAUCAUCAAAUAUCAACAUCCCUAGCUGGGGGUAUUAUUGCAAACUGAUUGUCCAUAUUUGCUUUAUUUUUCGGGGUUCCUUGCCCUAGCCUGG